ACACCGUUGAACGUGUGAAAAAGCAAUCGAUUAUAACUAAAUUGAGAAAUUGAGAAAAACGCAGUGGAAGAAGUUUAAUAAAUACUUUAUAUCAUGAAAAAUGUUACCAUAAAUAAAAGAAUGAAAUGAUACUGUGGAUCUUGCCAUGGCUGAUCUUCUUUCUCUUUCAUCUUUUCUCUUCUCAAUCACCAUCUACUUCCUCUCUUCCUCCCAAGAUCUCUUCUCCGUUAAUGGCCAAUUUAUCAACAAUUUCACUAGAUAUUCCGUUACACAAAUCAACUACGAUCUCUAUCACUCCAGUCGAAAAUUGAUGGAUGAGAUCAAGGACUUGGUACAUCGUCAUCCGGAUAAGCUCUCUAUGGAGACAGUUAAAGCUAGAAACAAAGGCUAUGGUGCUGAGAUUGCGGUGGUUACUUAUUGUAAGGGAAAGAAAGAUACUGCCGAGAGGCCAAAGAUUCGGAUCCUUCUUAGUUUUGGACAGCAUGGAAGGGAGCUGAUUACCUCAGAACUUGCUUUAAAGAUUUUGUCCAUUCUUACUGAAGAACAAUUUCUACCUGGCUUGAAUAAAGCUUCCUUAAACAGUACACUCGACCAGCUUGUAAUAAAGGUGAUUCCUAUGGAAAACUUCAAUGGCCGCAAGCGUGUUGAGGCUGGAGAUCUCUGUGAGAGAAGAAAUGGCAGAGGAGUUGAUCUCAACCGUAAUUGGAGUGUAGAUUGGGGCAAAAAGGAAAAGGAUUAUGAUCCCUAUGAGGAGAAUCCCGGAAUUGCCCCAUUUAGUGAGCCUGAAAGUCAAAUUAUGAGGAAACUUGCCAUAUCUUUUGAACCACAUAUAUGGGUGAAUGUGCACUCUGGAAUGAAGGCUCUUUUUAUGCCAUAUGAUCACAAAAAUACAACACCUGAUGGAUUGCCAUUGCAACGGAUGAAGUCGUUGCUUGAAGAAGUUAAUCAGCUUCAUUGCGAAAAGCGUUGUGUGAUUGGGUCUGGAGGCGGUUCUGUAGGGUAUUUUGCACAUGGGACAGCAACCGAUUUCAUGUAUGACGUUGUGAGGGUUCCCUUGGCCUUCACCUUUGAGAUAUAUGGGGAUGCAACUGCUGCAUCAAAUGACUGUUUUAAAAUGUUUAAUCCCACUGAUCGUGAUAGCUACAAUGUAUGUUACUUGAAAACUUCGCUGCAAUUAUCACUUCAUUCCUUCCAAGUUUAUUCGAGAGUUGUUUCCUAUUCCUUUCAAACUGUUCUCGAGGACUGGUCUGCAGCUUUCUUUACAGUUUUUAAGUUGGGGCCACACCAGCUUGGUGAGAUCCAAUCAAAAGCAUCUGUGGUUAAGUUGGAUAAGUUAGUGUCAAUAGAUGAAUAUCUAGAUGGGUAUUUGAUGGAGAGAAGGAAUAGAUAUGGAAAAAAGAUGGAGGUACUUGAGCUUGGAAUGCAAGAAAUAAGAACAUAUUAUAGGCUCUUUUUACUAUCGUCAGUUUUACUAUUGUGCAUGUUCUGUUCUAGAAUUUCAAAAACUAAAACUAAGGGGAGUAGACCCAUUGUUUCUGCUAUUCCCCUUUAAAACUAGUUCGUAGCAGAAACUGUAUAUCCAAUUUUGAGAAAAAGUUGUUAAUUUAUUAUUAUUCGCUGUA